AAGUUAUCUACACGUGUGCGGUGUAGACAGUGAAUAUCGUGACCAUAACCCCAAAAUAUAAAUAAAUAAAAUGGAUCUUUUCGUUGUAAACAGAUACGAAGGGGAUGAAUCUGAACAGGCUGCGACCCCCUUCGACCACCUCUCAGAGCUCCUGAAAAAGAUAGAGCUCCGAAAGCAGCAGAAAUUAACAGUUUCUUCCGAAGUCGCCCCAGAGGAGCCCCCCAGGAAGAAGAAAAAGCGAAAGAAAUCGACUCCCGUCACCCCCACAGAUGAACCCUCAUCCCCUACACAAUGCUCACCUCCUCCUGAUACACCUGGAGUUCUUGAAGCUAACUUCUCAAUUGCGUCCGAAAAGUUGCCUAGUGAAAAACCAUCAGAAACUCCAGAUUUCACAAUCCUGGGAGUUUCGUCAAAACACAAACCCAAAUCAGUGGCUAGAGUCCUUCCAGAAUGGUUGGCUCGCCCUGAGAUAAUUUCAGCUGACCUCUCAACAGGUCCAGAGAUCGAAGAACUCCGGGGAAAACUCGAUGACAGGUUGAUCGAUAGUUUGAAGUCCCAUGGAGUGAAUAAACUUUUUCCAGUACAAGCAAAUCUCAUUAGCUGGAUGUUGAAAUGCAGCCAGGACAGGGUGAAAGGAUUUUGGCCUCGAGACACAUGUGUCUCAGCUCCCACUGGAAGUGGUAAGACUCUGGCAUAUGUGCUCCCCAUAAUUCAACAGUUGAAGGACAGAUUUGUGCAGAGGAUCAGGUGCUUAGUCGUCGUACCUGUCCAAGAACUGGCGACCCAAGUCUUCAAGGUCUUUCAGACAUACGUUUCAGGCACCGAUUUAAAGGUGGGACUGAUUUCUGGGGCGAGUUCCUUUGAGGUUGAGCAGAGAAAUUUAGUCGAAAGGACAAUGAGAGGGGAGUUGGUUAGUCGGGUGGAUAUUGUUGUGGCUACUUCUGGGAGACUGGUCGAUCAUAUCUUGAAGACGGAGGGGUUUUCGUUAGAGGUGUUGGAAUUUUUGGUCAUUGACGAGGCUGACAGGGCUACUGAGUGGCUGAGGUAUAUUCCAAUGCCUCAUCGGUGUGCUCCGACCUUGAGUAUUAGAAAUUGGAAGGCUUGUAAAAUUCCACCGGCCCAAAAAUUACUGCUCUCCGCAACAUUAUCUCAAGAUCCUGAAAAAUUGAGUCGUUUGGGGUUGUUUCAUCCAAUUCUCUUCACAUCAGUUGUGAUAACAGACAGAGACGAUGAUAUAGAUCUUGACAAGGAAACUGGUGAAUUUGUGGGGAGGUAUACAAGUCCAAAUGAAUUGAUUGAGCGUGCGGUCGAAUGUGCACCUGAAUACAAACCAGUUGCACUAGUUAAAUUGAUCACGUCUCAACAGCCAAUUGAGAAGACCCUAGUAUUUACCAAUUCUGGGGAAGCUUCCCAUAGGCUUGCCGUACUUCUGAGAUUUAUGCUGGUGGAUAAAAAGGCUGUUGUUGACGAGUUGUCCGCCAAAUUGUUGCCAAAACAGAGGAAUGAGAUGUUGGAGAGGUUUUCCGAGGGAAAGAGUCAAAUCUUGGUGAGUUCAGACGCAUUGGCAAGAGGGGUGGAUAUAGCAGGUGUUAAAUUAGUCGUAUCCUAUGAUCUACCAAAGCACAUAAAGGGCUACAUUCACAGAGCUGGACGUACUGGACGAGCCGGAUUACCAGGAACUGCUAUUUCAAUACUCACGUCCAAUCAGGUUUCUGUCUUCUCUCGAAUGCUCACCGCCGCCCACAAAGCAUUACCUUCUAUUGAACAGUUUGAAAUGCCCGAAUCCGUUGCUGAGGCCAUGAAUUAUCAGGCGCAUGUGGAGAAACUCAAGGAAUUUAUUGAGAAUGAGAGGACAAAGGAAAUUAAACAGAUCAAAGCGAGGCGCAAACGUGGCCAUAAAAAUUAAUUAACUCACUGUUGAAUAUUUUACUACUUAAGUGUGGAGGAUCGAUAAUAAAAAAAAGGGUUUCA